UCGUUGCUUGUGGAAACAGCUGGUGAUUUCUGUCAACGAACGUUUCGGGAGAGCAACAUGGGGAGGAAUAAAAGUUGAAAUUUGAAUCGGAACUGACUGAAUCCGCUUUAAUUUGAUCAUCUGCUGCUGUUACACGAAACGCUGGGGAAUGUCAUCUUGUGCAAGCCACUUUGUUAGGCAGUGUUAAUCAGCCGGCUAGUCUGUUAGCUUAGGCCAUUGACUUUCAGUGUAGCCGGUUGCUAACGCCAGUCAGCUAGCUAACUUUGCUCGUACAAGUCUGUGUUUCCCCACAGUAAACAGAUACCGUUUUGUAGUCGCUUAGCUCUUGUUUUUUGAUCAGUGGGGACUAGUUUUUGUUCACUGCCGGCAUGGCUCAUGUUCAUUACAAAUUCUCCUCUAAACUCAAGUCCGACACGGUGGUUUUUGACGGCCUGUACAUCACGCUGAAGGAGCUGAAGAGGCAGAUCAUGGGCAGAGAGAAACUCAGAGCCGGGGACUGCGACCUGCAGAUUACCAACUCACAGACCAAAGAAGAGUACACAGAUGAUGACGCUCUCAUCGCCAAAAACUCCUCAGUCAUCAUCAGGAGGAUCCCUGUGGGUGGAGUCAGGGCCUCAAACAGCAAAACCAACAUCAUUGAGCGUUCAGACCACCAACUCCACCAUCAUUACGCCUUCGGAGCCUCCAAAGCAAUGGACGAGCAGAGUGCUUCCAGAGCUGUGGCCCUUCUUUCUAAGACUGCUAAUCUGGCUGAUGCAGAUGCGUCGGAAGAAGAUAAGAUCAGAGCCAUGAUGUCUCAGUCCAAUCAUGGCUACGACCCCGCACAUUACAUAAAGAAGCAUGGUCCUCCUCCUCCUGCAAAUUAUACCUGCUAUCGCUGUGGGAAGAACGGACACCACAUCAGGAACUGUCCCACCAAUGGGGAUAAAAACUAUGAGGCCAUUCCAAGGAUAAAGAAGAGCACAGGCAUCCCUCGCUCUUUCAUGGUAGAAGUGGAUGAUCCCAGCAUGAAAGGAGCCAUGCUCACCAGCUCGGGGCGAUAUGCCAUUCCUACUAUUGAUGCCGAGGCCUACGCUCUGGGGAAGAAGGAAAGGCCACCGUUUGUCCCCCAGCAGCAGCCUGAGUCAGAGGAUGAAGAGGAGCAAGCACCUGAUGAGCUCCUGUGUCUGAUCUGUAAAGACCUGCUGAACGACGCUGUGGUCAUCCCCUGCUGCGGAAACAGCUACUGCGACGACUGUAUUCGCACCGCCUUGCUGGAGUCUGAGGAGCAUGUCUGCCCCACCUGUAGCCAAUCAGAUGUGUCCCCUGAUGCCCUGAUAGCCAAUAAGUUCCUCCGACAGGCUGUAAACAACUAUAAGAAUGAGCAAGGCUACACUAGAAACCCGAAGAAAGUGGCCAGCGCCACCCACUCCCAAACUCCAACUCCGACACCGAGUCCUGCCCCAACCCCGCCCCUGCCGGUCACACAGCCCCGCCCCCAGCGGCCCUACCAGCCGCCCCGCAGCCAGCAGGACCCUCUGCUGGCCCGCCCACCAGCCUCAGACACCCCGCCACUGGCUCAGCCAGCUGUGACCCCUCCUACAGCAACAGGCCCAGCCUCUACUUACAGCACACCUUGUGCCUCCCCUCAGCCCCCACAGAACCAGAUGGAGACACCCAGCAAGGAGGCUGGGGGGGAGACGCCUGUUGAAGCAGUGGCUGCUGCUGCCCCCUCUGUACUGGUCUCAACCACAGAGCCCGCUGCUGCUCCAUCACCACUCAUGCCAACAGUUUACCAUGUUCCACUGGCAGGCCAGGCCCAGUCAAACCCACCGCAAACCUCCUCAGGUCCAGCAGCAGGACACACUGGGCCAUCACCAGACUGGGAGAGCUCCUCCUCCCCCUCAGGCCAUGGCUGGACUCGCUCCGACACUCAGCAGUCCCCACCCUCCUCUUCCUCCUCUUCUUCAGCUGCUCCUGCUCCCCCUGCACCUCCUGCUCCUCCUAUCUACCCCUCUCUAUCCCUCUUCUCCUCCCAUUUCCCCCCCUACCCAACAGGACAGCAGCCUCUGGCCCCUUACCUCCCCACUUAUCCCCUCGCUCCCCUCUGGCCUCCUCCUGUCCUCCCAGGAGCCCCUAUCCCACCCCUCUGCUCCUCUUCCCUCUCCUCCUCCACCUCCUCUUCCUCUUCUUCCAUACCUGCCCUCAUCCCCAAAGAGAUGUACAGACAUCAGAGGAGGGUGAAGGAAAGUCCUCCAAGUCGCGUGUUGGGGAGAGCCAGGCAGAAGUCCAAGCUGGAUGAGAUGACCAAUGAUUUCGCCAAAGAGCUGCUGGAAUACAGAAAAUUCCAGAGAGAGAGGCGGCGAUCCUAUUCCAGAUCACCAUACAGAGGUUCCUCCCACAGCCGGUCCUCCUCUGGUUCUUACUCAAAGUCUUACUCUCGCUCCCGCUCCUCUCGCUCUUACUCUCGCUCCCUUAGCCGGUCCAGAUCCAGAUCCCACUCCCGAGGCAGAUCCAGGUCUAGAUCCAGGCCUCGCUCACCUUACUCCUGUCACAAAGACCCGCCCACCCGCCUGCAUUCCCGCAGCUCCCGUAGCUCUGGUUACCGCCGCUCCCGCUCCCACACGCCUUCCUCGUCAUCCUCCCACCGAGGAGGCUACCGGUCCAGGUCCCGGACCCCAACAGAACGUCGGAAGACCCAUCAUGAUGGUAAGCGGUCUACGCGAAGCGACCACAAGCACCAGCGACGAGGAGACCAGAGAUCCUCGUCUGGUCGCUCCCACAGGAGCGUGGAAGGGAAGUCGGAUGGCCACACAUCUCAGGGUGGGAAUCAAACUAGCGCCAUGCCGACAGACAGAGAGCGCUACCGGCAGUGGGAGAGGGAGUACAGAGAGUGGUACGAGAGAUAUUUUAGCAGCUAUGCCAACCAGUUCCACAGUCUCCCACCUCUGCUCCCCACGCCUCCUCCUCCUCACAAGGAGGAGAGAAGGACCAACAGUUCCCAUUCCUCUCAUUCAAACUCCCGCUACCGACCCCACCACAGAGGGGACAGGAGAGAAAGUCGCUCCCCUCCCUCCCAGUCGUCCAAUGACAGCCCCUCCCCGUGCGAGGACACCACUCGGCCCAUGACCUAUCAGCAGAGGUGCACUGAGAAGUACGGCCGCAUGUCACUCAACCUCCGAACAGCCAGGAAGCAGCCAGGAUGGCCAAGAAGAAGUGAGGGUCACGAGCAGCCAGUCACAAGAGACUCAGGGGACCCUGGUGCUCCAAAACAUGGAAAGCAGACGAGGGUGUGGAAAGAAGAGAGGGGAGGACGAGGAGGAGAGAAGUCAUCAUCUCUCAGUGUCUCAACAGACAACAGCCACAAAAAGGUGAGGAGCAACACAGCUGAACCAAACACCUCCAGUGACAGCACGCCGUUACAUGAUGAACCAGUUGCUGGCGAUGAGUUAGACUCAGUCCCACCUUCUCAUGGGCCAGAUAAGUCUUCAGGUAAAGACGAUGAAGGAAAAAUGGAACGGGAAGGAGGAAGAGAGGAUGGAUGUAGAGAUCCAGGCUCCAAGCAGGGCAGGGAAAUAGAGGUCAAAGUUAAGCCUUUCAGAGACGCAGAUCGAGAAAUGGACAGAUACUCAGAAGGCAGCAAGGUGCCUGAGUCAAGAUCAGACAAGAACAGAAAAAAGAAAGAAGAGGAGAGGGACAGAAAAGAGAAAGGGGGGAAUCUUUCUGAUGAGAUGCAUCAUAGUAAGUCGGUGAAAAUGGAAUUCACUGAGAACGACAAAGCCGGCAAGAGUACAUCCCCAAAACCUCUUGAUGAAGAGAAGCAACAGAAGGAGAAGAGGAAAGCAUGGGGGAGAGUUCAGCCUCUGAGCAAAGAGAUGUGGGAGGCAGGGAUGACUCUGAAACCACAGAAGAAGAUCAGCAUCAACAUCAAUCUGGAUGGGAGAAGGAAAGAGCAGACUCAUAAUGUGGAGUUUGGGGAGUUGGAGAGGACAGUGAUGAAGGAGAAGGAGAAGAACAAGGCUGACGAGCGAGAGGAAGCGAGUGAGAGCAGAGGAGAAAAAGACGUUAGAGCAAAUGAAGGACGGGAAUCCAGCAGAGAAGAGGAAGCUGUGUUUGAAGAAAAAACAAACGUGGAUGAGGGAGAGGGAGGAGAGAUGAGAGUGAGAGCCAGUGUUAGAGAGGAUGAAGGACAGACGUGGGAGAAAAAUCUGGGAGAGGAAGAAGUAUUUGAAGAUGAGAAAGAGGACAGGGAACAGGACGAUUUCGACUUAUGGCAAAGUGCCUUAGGAGGAGCAAAGGAGGAGGAGGAGGAGAUGAAAAAGCAAAAGGGGGAGACAGAGGAGGAGCGAGAAAAGAGGAGGACCGGUGAAGAAGGGGUGACAAAAGAGGAGAGGAAGAGGACGAGGAGAGGAGAGGAGGAGGACGGCGUGAAGGACAGCAGAGGACAAAAGACAAGAGAGUUAGUCGCCAAAGCCCACAAGGAGAUGGAGGGAGAAGAGAGGAGAGGCAAGGAAGACAGAAAAGAGGAAGCGGAAGAAUCCAAGCCAAAAGAAGAGCUGAUGGAGGGAGCUAAGAGGAGGAGGAUGUGUGAAGAGGAAGAGGAGAUGGCGAGGUCCCAACCACAGAGGAGCAAAAGCAGAAGUCGCCACAGGCUCCCUGACAGACCAAACACCACAGUGGAGUUUGCCAGCAGCACCUCCUACGUCGGCAGCUGGGGAGGUGUGAGCAGUGAGGAGCGACAGGACCGGAGGAUGGUGGUGAAAACUCUGGAGGAAUACACUCAGCACAGAGCCACUACUGCAGAGGAUGAGAUGGUAUUCAUACAGGUUCCACUUUCCAAAUGGGAGAGGGACGAGUCUGAUGAAGAAGAGCAAGAGGAAGGAGAGAUCAAAGUUCAAGCUGGCACUCCUCCUGUGCCAGUGCCUCCCCCGUCCGUCUCCAUGACAACUGAGAUACCGACCAAUAGCGAGAGAGAGCAAGAGAGGGAGGGCAAGAGACACAGGGAGACAGAGAGAGAGAAGGAGAAGGAGAGAGACAGAAGCCGAGAGAUGGAGAGAGAGAAAAAUGCCACUCUGUCCCAGCCAAACAGAAAUGUGGCUUCCUCUAGUGGCAAAGAUCGGUAUGACAGAACGUCGCCCGCUGAUCGAGAGCGGGAGAAGGAGCGACAGCAGAGGAGGGAGAAGGAGAGGGUGAGAGACAGAGAGCAAGAGAGGGAGCGGGAGAGAGCGAGGAGAAGGGAGAGGGAGAGGGAGGAGGAGCGGCAGGGCGACAGAGCGAGAGGAAAGGGGAGGGAAAGAGAGGAGCGCAGCAGGGCCUCCCUCCCUCACUCCUCCUCUUCCACAGGCUCCUCUUCCUCCUGUCCCUCCGAGCGAGAGAGGAGGGACAGCGGCGACAAGAGGGCCCGCAAUCAGGAGAGGAGAGAGAGGGAGCGAAGGAGCGAUGCGGGAAGCGAGAGGAGCUCGUACUCCUCUUCGUCCCGCUCUUCCUCCCGUCCCAGCUCUUCUUCGUGCCGCUCCGAUGACUCAAAGCUGUCGAGCGGCAGCAGGGGAAGCAGCUUGACCGCCGCCGCAGCCGAAUUUGAGCUGCCCGAUCAAAACGCAAACAAAACACACACAGACAAGCUUGCGGACUUGAAGCAGAAAGAUCGGAGAGAGCACCACGAUCCCAGACAGCGCCACAGACACUCAGACAGACCGGCGGACACCCACCACCCACUCCACUCCUCCCCACCUUCACCCUCCAGCAGCCUGGGUCAGGAGAGAGACCCACUCCCUCACAAAUCACCCAGAGAGCCCCAGGAUGUGUCAGAGCUCAGCAAGCCCAGAGCAAGCAGCCCCCGCUGGGAUUCACUGUGGCCUGGGCUCCCCUCUCUGGUUCCACAGCCGGCACAGAAGGAGGUGGCAAGAAGAGGGGCAGCUGAAAGAGACACACCCAUGGUGAAGGUGUUGUCCUUCAGCCAGGACAUCCAGCAGGACCCCUGGGCAACCAGUGGUGUUAACAGUACACAGCACCCAGGAAGGCCCACUGAGCCACCCAGUCCUGACAGAGACAGAGCCAGGAGCUCAGAGACAAAGAGAGAAGGGGAAAGAGAGAAGAGAGAGGGGAAUGGCGUCAGAGGGAGGGAAGGGAGGGGAGGCAAUCCUGAGAGACAGCAAGACAAGGCGGUCUUCAUGCCUGACUACAGUGAGAGUGAGGAAGAGGAGGGAAAGAGGAGCAGGGACGUGGUGAAUGAGAUGAUCAAAGAAAGAGAAGGGGAGGGAGAUGAUCGAAGGGUGAAGGCCGAGAGAGACGGGAACAGUCAGUGGGGGGAAGAAGCUGAGAAAUGGCCCAGAAUCAGAGAGAUGGAGGAGGGAGAGAGGCCAAGCAGCCCCAGUAGCAGCAUCACUUCAUCCACAAGCCAGGAGGACGCCAGGAGAGACGGGAAGAAGAGAGAAAAGAAAGAGAAGAAACACAAGAAGCACAAGAAGCAUAAAAAGGAAAAGAGGCAGGGCAUUCUGGAGCUGGAGGAGGGCGAGCUGAAGAAGCACAAACACAAGAAGAAGAAAUCGAAGAAAAGCAAAGAGGAAGAGGAGAGCAGCAGAGGGGACGACGACAGGUGUAAAGAGGAGGGUGAGGAGGCCAAAGACGACCAAAUCUGUGGAGGAAUUUUGUGACAGCCCGCGGUGUUGGAGGGGGGAAGCGUCGCAUGACAUUUCAGGCCUUGCUUCUCGUUUUUAACACUUAUCGAUAAUCAAAAUAAACGACUGUCCAGAAUGAAGUUCGCUCAAACCAAGUGUCCGUCGAGUUGUCCGGCCAGCCGAACGGCAUUCCCCUGGGCAAAUAAAUCACGCAAUUCCACCGUCGCAACAAACAGUCGGCGAGCACUGCCAUUUGCUCAGUGUAGACGAAAUGAAUAACAAGUGAAAAUGUCAGGAAGUGGGAAACUUUCUGGCUGCAUAUGAGAGCCACUCGCUCUGUUUACAUUCUCAUAAAUCAAGCCAGUAAUUGCACUGAAACCUUGGCAAAAACAUGCUUAAACAAGAUCACUUCUAUCUGAUUAGACAUGACCUUUAAAUCAGAAAAACUGAAGUGUCAGAUAAGUGUCAUUUCACUGACUUUUGCCUAAUUUAGCUACUCUUAGAAUAUCUGUAAAAAAAUACUCAAAGCUGUAAGGAAGAAAUAUAAAGAGAGAAAACCUAUUAGUUGUGUGCACCCAGCUGACCUUAAUUUUUACACCAAGGCCUGUUAGUUUUUCUGCAGUCCUUACUGUUAAAG